AUGCCCAUAGAAUCUGAGAACAAUCUUUAUCAUGAGCCUGGAAGUAUUGCAGUCUACAGGAUGUCAGAAACUGAGUUGGAAAAGAAAAAAGUAAGAACUGCUGAGCAUUUUGAAAAUGAUAAAAAUAACAUUUCUUGGUUAAAGGAAGAUAUGCAACUUACAAAUGAAAAACAUGCAGAUGAGAAACCCAUUAAUGCUAUCGUUAUAAAUUCGGUAUCCGAAUUCAAUAUCACAGAUGGACCAGCCAAGGAAACCCCCAGUGAGAAAAAACUGUCAGAAUCCAGCACAUCACUGUCCUCCCUUGAAGAAUGCCAAACGAAAUUUUCCUACCUCCAAACUGAUACUUCAGUUCAUCAGAGAGACACGGAUGAUGAGUGCGCUUCCCUCAUCCUCACCUGCCUGUUCUGCCAGUUUUGGGAUUGUCUCCUGAUGCUCCCUGAUAUAUGUGAAACGAUGUGCACCAACCUGUGCUGCCCCUCUCACAGGUAUCACCACACCUCAGACGAGAGUCACUCUCGGAAUGACUGCAACUGCAAUUGUGACAUGGACUGCAGCCUCUUUGAGUCUUGCCAUGAGACUAGCGAGUGCCUGGAGCUAGCCAUGGAGAUUUCUGAGAUCUGUUAUCGCUAG